AAGCACACGUCAUCAUUCCCGUUCAAGAUGGCGUACGUCACUGGUGGUCAGAUGCUGGACAGCAGGUCUCCAUGGCGACUGUCCAUCAUCCCAGAAAUCUUCUGGGGCAUCAUCAACUUUAUCGUACUGUUUUUCCAGACAAUGUACAAUCCAAGCCUGUCAAAACAUGGAAGUGACACUGCCUCCAGCUACUCUAGGGGAGACGGGAGAGGGCCACCACCUCCACCCCCCAGGAGGAGAUUUGGGGGAGUCCGUCGUGGGGGAGCACCCGGCCCCCCUCCCAUGGCAGGGGGUGGAUGAGGAAGGUAAAUGCCUACUGCAUGUGUUGCAGUAGGCCGAGGGCAGUCCACACAGCACCAUACCAUCUUCUGCUACAUCAGGCUGCCCCCCCUCUCAGCAGUGUGCUUUUGGUGUGGCCCACACCAUGAAUGAUGUCACCCCAGUAAUCCCAGCAUCCUUUGGGGCUGGUGUGACUGAAGACAAGCAACUCUUGCGAGAGGGAAGAACGCAGUGGAAACUUGUGAACAUCAUAAUUCUUGAGAACUCUUUCACAAAUUGUCUCCCUGAAUAACACUCAAUGACAGAAAGAGUCUUACACUUACAGAUUUUGCUGUGCAAUGUAGACCAAAAGUCAAUAAUAUUAAACUGGAGUCACCUAGCCUUUGGAAUGGAGUCUAGUUGUUUAGAGUGAUAGUGACACAUAAAACUCUUUGUCAAAGUACAUGGAAAAUCUCUCUGAAGUGUAGCAUAGUGUUGAGAUAUUAGGAAAGAAUAGUAAUCAUUGUAAUAAAUAUAUUCCAUAUCUUUAAUAUGUAUGAUACCCCAUGAUGACAGUGCAUGUAUAGUACAACUGCAGUUAGGAAUAUCUUCUUCAAAACUAUUCUAUUGCAGGCUUUCCUUGAUGCAUUUAACUGUAGUGUUGUUAGGACUAUUUAAUUUUUGAAGAGAAGUGUCAGUUGGUGUAUUUAUAAGUCAUUGGUAAUCUGUAUGAUAAGACUGUACCCUACAAAUAUCUGUUUUCCUGGCUGUAAAUAAAAUGAUUAAUAAAUGCUGCACAUGUGUAUU